AUGGCUGACAUUGAGCAAGGAAUUGAAGAGCGAAAUGGACAUAGUCCACAAAACGAUUCCAAUGAAGAAGAUACUCUUUCGCCUCUCAAAGAUUAUAAACGAAAAACAAAACGUAUUUCACCACCACCUGGAGAAAAAAGCCCACAGGCUGCAAUGACGUAUGGUUCCAAUAAGGCAAAGCUGACUGAUAAACAUUCACGCAUUGGGAAAGGUAGAGGCCUUCCUAAAAAAGGCGGAGCUGGUGGAAAGGGCACUUGGGGCAAACCUGGAGUAGUCUACAGCCAGGAAGAAUUACAAUGUCGCGAUGAGAAAGAUAUCGACUACGAAUCCGAUGAAGAAUAUGUUGUUCAUGCGACUAGUCCCGAAUUAACCGAAGAAGAGUUUGAAUCCAAUAUCCCCCCUAUUUUAAAGGACUAUCUACAUCAUGGUGACGCAGACGAGUUAGCGGGUGCUUUAGCGGGCCUAAAUGUAUCAACACAAAAGCACAAGGUGGUUAGUUUUGCUAUUAAUAUGGCGAUGGACAGGAAGGCUACGGAAAGAGAGUUGGUUUCCCAGUUAAUCUCGGAGUUAUAUGGAAGUUUCAUUUCUCAGAAAGCCAUGCAAAGAGGAUUUAGAGAUAUCCUAAACAGCUUGGAUGAUAUGAUUUUGGAUAUUCCUGGUGCUGCGGAGAUGGCUGGUCAAUUUAUUGCUCGAGCUGUUGCUGAUGACUGCUUGCCACCUGCUUUUGUUAACUCGAAUGCAUCGUCUGAAAGCGGAAGAUUUGCUUUAAAAAAAGCUGAAAUUUUGCUCAAAGUUAAACAUGGCAUAUCAAGAUUGGAUAACAUUUGGGGCGUAGGAGGUGCUAGGCAAUCUGUCGAGCAUCUACGAGAAAAGAUAAUACUGCUUAUUAAGGAGUACUUCUCGUCAAGCGACUUGGAAGAGAUUAUAACGCUCACACUGGAAGACGGUACGGAUCGAACUCUGAAUUUAACGUUAAAAUUUCUCCAAAGUUUGGCCGCCUCAAACAUUGUAACUCCCAAUGAAGUACGGCAGGGGUAUCAACGAGUUUUCGAUUCAAUAAGCGAUUUGGCUCUUGAUAUUCCGUAUGCGCCCGCAAUGCUGGAAAAGUUUUGUGUAUUUUGCGUACAAGACGAUAUUAUACCUGAAUCUUUCGUCUCAAAGAUACCAACGCGUGGACGAAAGAGAUACGUUAGUGAGGGAGACGGUGGUCAGGUGAAAGAAGGAAUUACGUAUGGAGUGAAAGCCUAAAUUUCGCACUGCACCUCGUUUGUUUUAAUUUAGAAUUACUGUUGUAUCGUCUGUGAUAGCCACUUAAUGAUUUUUAAUUGCGAAGCAGUGUGGUGAUGUUGCGCCAUGUUUUAACUUUG